AUUUAUUAAUCAAUGGAAUUGGAAGGCACAAGAUUUUAAGUGAUUACAUAAUUGAUAAAAUAGAAGAUAAUUUAAUUGGAAUUCGAUAAUAGUGAUAAAAAACUGUAAGUAAUUCAAUCUAAUUAAUCAAGUAUGGAGAUAGAGAAAGAUAGAGCUGAAAAAGAUGAAAGAAUAAGAAAGUUGACAGAAGUAAGACGAAUUAUUUAAUAACAUUUUUAUAGAGUUUAGAUUUAGAUGAGAGAUAAGAAUGGAUUGAAUAUCAUAGAACUCAAGGAACUAAAUAUUAUCAAAAACAAUUAUAUGAAAAGGCUUUGAUUGAGUAUUACUUAUCGAUAUUGGCAUUCAACAAUACUUCAAUAUGGAGAUCAUUUGGAGUUUAAUUAAUUAAUAACAUUUAACUCAACUUAGAAUAUUUAAAGAAACCAGCUACAAUGGAAUUAUUAGAAUUUGUCUUAUAUAUUGAUCCUUGUAAUAUUAAGGCUUAUUUUAAAUUGGGUAAAUGUUAUAGCAAUAAUGGAAAUUAUUAAACUGCAUUGUAAACAAUUCGUCUUAUUCAGGUAAAAUUUCCAAUAAGGUGAAAAACUAUGCAUUCAAGCACAAGACAAGGAUAACUUGUAAGAUUUCCAAAAACAAAUUAGUGAAUGUAGAAGAUAUAUAAGUUAGAACAGAUAUUGAGAAAACUUUAAAAAUAUUGCGUUAUUUAUUAUUUAAAUGAUCC